CUUUUUUCCUGAUAAAAAGUUGGCAGCACUGAUUACCGGCAAAUGAAAAAUUAAUCGAAUUGUGAUGUGCUAAAUCAACAAAAACAAAAUUUGUUUUAUUGGGAAACCUAAGUUUGUAUUAAGAUAAACGCGAUCACAUAAUUUUUCCCUGAUAUGUUUGUGUAUGUAUCGUAAUGAACAAUCUACGAAAGGCGUGUCAGGAUACGGAUACUGCCCUGCCGGAAUGUGUACCUAGCAAUAUACGUUUUCUAGUCUAGUGUACUUAUGUAUGUAUUGUAUGUAUAUCGAUACGUGCAUACAGGUACUACUCCCACUGAGUGGGAUGUUGUAUGUUGUACAAUUGAAUUGAAUAUUAUGAAUGAACAGUACGUGGAAAUUAAUUGAGUUGCGUGUGGUUGAAUUUGAAAGUGCCACCAAAAGACAAAACAGUCGGGUAUAAGAUUGCAUUGAGUCCCAUACCCGUGUGAAUGUGCGACUGAAACUGUAUGUACACAUAUUGUGUUGUGGGUGCGAAGAGAGGGGCAGUGAGAAAGGAGCAAGUUACAAGGGCAGCGCGGCUAAAACUUAACUGAACUGGCUACUUAUUGUGAAAGGAAUUUGAAAAAUGUUAAACAGAAACUUUUGUUGACUUUAGCUAUCCUAAAUAAAAUCAGGAGGAGAAACAAAAUGAUUCAAAUGGAAAUGCGCUAUAUUUGAAAAAAGUACAUUAGUAAAUGUGGAAAUUGUAUAACAGUUUUAAAAGCGGCCAGAGUCAAAGCUAGAUAUAUUUUUAAAGCAUAAUGAUAUGUCUGAAACACAUGUAAGAAGGGAUUUGAAUGAAUUCAGGGACGUGAGUUCCGGUUCUGCUUCGAUUUCCAUAUCAUCUUCAAGUUCAUCAUCAUCAUCGGCAUCGGCAUCUGUAUCAUCGAGCUCCUCCUCAUCGUGUGAAAGUGGUAUUGUACUAGGAGGGAACAUCACCAGCUACCCUCUUUCAAAAGUUAGGCCUACCGAUUUAAUCUCAUUUCAAACUAAAGAAGACCACUCAAAUAUAAGAAUGUCGGCGCAAGUAGCCUCAAAGAUGUUAAACGAUAGUAUGCCGGACUCAAUUCACAAGAAUAAUCCUUUACAUCAUCAAAUGAUUGAACAGACAAAAGUUCAUGCGUCGUCGAUGCCACUAUCCGAAGAUCCGCGAACUUUGCAAUUGGCGUUGGAACUAUCAUUGGUCGGGUUAAAUGACAAUCAAAACUGCUAUGGCCAACCUGCACUACCUGUCGCGAUACAGAACGACUUUGAAAUGGGCUCCAUCAAUGUGGUGCCUGCCGUUUUCUCUAAAACGGACAACACCCUGCCUUUACCUACAGUGUCUGGUUCCGGUCUUUUAUUACCCACCGCCGCUGCCGUUGGCGUAGAAGACCGAUCAAAGAAAUCUCAAAACAUGACUGAAUGUGUUCCAGUUCCGAGCUCAGAACAUGUCGCUGAAAUAGUAGGUCGGCAGGGGUGCAAGAUCAAGGCUUUGAGGGCUAAAACAAAUACUUACAUCAAGACUCCAGUUCGCGGAGAGGAACCGGUGUUUGUAGUUACCGGUCGCAAAGAAGACGUUAACAAGGCAAAACGGGAAAUACUUUCUGCCGCAGAUCACUUUAGCUUGAUACGAGCAUCUCGAAAACCUUCGAUUGAGGGUCACAAUAACGGAUUGACAGGAAAUAUGAACGAUUCCGGUUCAUCGGGUGGCAAUGCAGGCACUGUGUCGCGUAUGCAGUCUGGUCCCCCAUGUUUGCCCGGUCAGGUUACCAUACAGGUACGUGUACCUUAUCGGGUUGUGGGUCUAGUGGUUGGACCCAAAGGUGCCACAAUUAAACAUAUCCAGCAGGAGACACAAACAUACAUUGUCACACCAUCGCGCGAGAAGGAACCAAUUUUUGAGGUGACUGGUUUGCCAGACAACGUAGACACGGCAAGAAAGCAAAUUGAAGCACACAUUGCUCUUCGAACUGGUUCCGGACCUGGAAAUGGUACUGGCGGUGCCGGUACCGGAGCCGCUACCGGACUAGGAUGUGAAUCGCUCGAAACGCAGGAAUAUGGGACACAGCCAACAAUAAAUUCAUUAACACAGAUUCUGAACGAUGAUCUGAACUCGGAUAUACUGUCAUCCAUCUACAAAAGUGUUAUCUCGCCUGCUCUGGACUAUGGAGAUAAUACACUAAAGAUGGUCGGUGGCACUGUGGAUAGUCUCAACAUGAAUAAUGUGAAACUAAUGCCAGAUCAUCAUAUAAGAAAUAGCUAUCAGAAGUCGGAAUUAGUUGACAUUGACAUGCCACCGAUUGUAUUGGCCACAGCAUCAUCGGAUAAUCAUUUUUCAGCCAGUGAAGCACAAAUGCUACCAGCAAAAGUUACUAAUGUAUACCGUAUUACGAACAAAACAUUGUCAUUCUGUCCACCAACAUCUGCAUCUAUGAAUUCUAACUCUGGUUCGAAUAUACUAACCCGAUCAUGUUCGUCAGCGUCCUCAACCGCUUCGACAAAGAGCACAAACAAUAGCGCCAACACACCUCCAGAACUAUUGAAUAUAUGGAAAAAUAUAAGCGAUUCGAUUGAUGUGGAUGAAGGCAUUGGGGACUCGCCGAGCAUUUGGAAUCUUCCAGCGAACACUAUACCCACCGCCCAUUGCUCACCCACAACCUCCAUAAGUCCAACGGACUCUCUUUUGGGUCUGGGCGAGCACUCUGUGAACAGAAACAUUUCUCGUCACAUAAAGGAAUCAUCAUGUACCAGUCAGCAAAGAGCACCGUUGGUUCAAUUCCAACCCAAUUCCAGCGCCGACAAAUUAUCCAUUCAACGCGAAUGCUUUGUGUGCAACGAAAAUGAAGUAACCACAGCGUUGGUUCCAUGCGGCCACAAUAUGUUCUGCAUGGAUUGUGCCAAUCAGAUCUGCGUUUCCAUAGAAGCAGCAUGUCCGAUUUGCAACUCAAUUGUUUAUCACGCGAUGCGCAUUUUGGGCUAAAUGCACACGUUUUUUAAUAAACAUGGUUUCUGUUUGAUCAUUAAGCGAUUUGAGGUACAAUCCAAGUUAAUACCUAAAAUUAUUCGAAUAUUUUUUAGAUUUGUUGAUUAUUGAUUUAACUUAAACGAAAUCAUUCAAAGUAAUAAUCGUCCCUUUUUGACAUAUGUAUUUGUUAUGAUUUUUACCAGAAGCUUGCAACGCACAGACCUCAUCUGCUGAGUCGAUAUAAAGCGAUUAUUUUGUUUCUUCUGAAUAUUGUAUUUUCUGCAUACAUUUGUAGCAAACAUACGUGUGUAACUACACAACCUUAAUCAUCAGAAUUAUUGUUCGAUCUGCAAUGCCUUAAUUUCAGGUUAUUUUUUCUGUCGAAAUUUGUUUUCUAAAUUGACAGUUUCCUUUUUAAUACAUCUGCGUUGCUAGCACUUACACAAACAAAUAUUUUAUUUAAAUUUUUUCGUUUUCUAUCACUUAGAAUGUCAGAUUGCUUUUUCGUCCCUUUCAAUUUUGCACAGCGGUUUUGUUUAAUGAACGGUAAAGUGGUACCAGUAUGUUGUUGUAAAACCUCUUUUAUUAUCUUUUAAACAGAAAUGAUAAUGUCCUAUUUUUGUAUUGCAUUUUGUAUGUUUUAAAAAGAAUACGUUUCAAAAUUGUUUAAAAACAAUAUAAAUAAUAGAUUUUGAUGGUUAUCAUAUUCUAGUAACAUUUUUAAACGACAUAUACAUAAAUACAUGCAUACAUAUGUAGGACACAAAUAAAAAGCGAUAAUGGCAAUUAUCGCAUUAAAUAAAGAAAAAUUUAUAAAAAAUAAAAUUUCAAAAUUAAAUAGGGUCUAAACCCUGAAUGUACGACACUAGUUUACAGAAAAGAAGUAAUACAAAAUAAGUUGACUGAUAAAUAGGCAUAAAUAUUAAGACCAGCACAUAUGCAAACAUAGAUAAUGUCAGACACAAAUAUCAUAUAAAAAUUAUAUUUACUUAUAAAUAUGAUGUAAUAAUAUGUAUGAGCAACAUGAGACAACUACCUAUAUAAAGCUUACGAUUAAUGUGAAUAAAAAGACUUAUAUAUUUAUAGUCAAUCAUAUUUAAUAUUGAUAAUACAGUGUCUAUUGCGCAGUAUAUUA